CCCCCGCGGGGAGGGGGCGGGAGGAGGGAGAGUCACUUAUAAAUGGCGCCCAAGCAGGACCCCAAGCCCAAAUUCCAGGAGGGUGAACGAGUGCUUUGUUUUCAUGGACCUCUCCUUUAUGAAGCAAAGUGUGUAAAGGUUGCCAUAAAGGACAAGCAAGUGAAAUACUUUAUCCAUUACAGUGGUUGGAAUAAAAACUGGGAUGAAUGGGUUCCAGAAAGCAGAGUGCUCAAAUACGUGGAUACCAAUUUGCAGAAACAAAAAGAACUUCAAAAGGCCAAUCAGGAACAAUAUGCAGAGGGGAAGAUGAGAGGUGCUGCUCCGGGCAAGAAGACUUCUGGUCUGCAGCAGAAAAAUGUUGAAGUAUUUUUCAGACGAGAUGGAGCGCAUACUGUUUGCUGUUUGGAGACCCCUACAAUAUCGACGCGGAAAACAAAAAAGAACAAACAGAAAACUCCAGGAAUUGGAGAAGGGAGCAGUACCAGUGAGACUCCUCAGCCUCCUAGGAAGAAGAGGGCUCGAGUAGAUCCAACGGUUGAAAGUGAAGAAACAUUUAUGAACAGAGUUGAAGUAAAGGUGAAAAUCCCAGAAGAGCUGAAACCGUGGCUGGUAGAUGACUGGGACUUGAUCACCAGGCAAAAGCAGCUCUUCUAUCUUCCUGCCAAGAAGAAUGUUGACUCCAUUUUAGAGGAUUAUGCAAACUACAAAAAAUCACGAGGAAAUACUGAUAACAAGGAGUAUGCAGUCAAUGAAGUUGUGGCUGGAAUUAAAGAAUACUUCAAUGUCAUGCUGGGAACUCAACUACUGUACAAGUUUGAGAGGCCUCAAUAUGCUGAAAUUUUAGCAGAUCACCCAGAUGCACCAAUGUCUCAAGUCUAUGGUGCCCCACACCUACUGAGGUUGUUUGUACGAAUUGGAGCUAUGCUUGCUUACACUCCUCUUGAUGAGAAGAGUCUGGCUUUGCUGUUAAACUAUUUGCAUGACUUCUUAAAGUAUUUAGCAAAGAAUUCCUCCGCAUUGUUUAGCGCCAGUGACUAUGAAGUAGCCCCUCCUGAGUAUCAUCGGAAAGCAGUAUAAUACUGUGCUGCUUGACAAUGAUGUGAUAAUUGGAUCCUUGCAACGCUGUCCACUUCUACAUCUUGUUCUUCACCUUUCUAUUGCACAUGUCUCUAUUGCACAAAUUAUGUAAACAUAAAGUGAAUAAAGCUGUGUGUUUAAAAUGGAACUGGCAUUUGUAAGUUCUGAAGAUUUUCUUGUCCCGAAAUGGAAGCUUGGAGUUUAACGGGAACUCUUUGGUGUUUCUGGCUUGCUACUGUUGUUUGCAUCAAUGGAAUGUAAAAAGAAUGCAUUAUGGUAUUUCAUUGUAUGAACUCUCAGUGCUCGUGGGUCUGUUUUGACAAUAAGAUUUGCUUCACUAACCUGCUUUUUUGCAUAGUAAUGACAAACCCAGACUCAGACCCAUGAGGGCUGUGAUCACCUAGUGUUGGUGCUAUUGAUUAGUCUGACUUUCAAACCCAUUUAAUUUCUUGGUGUUGGAAGUAAAAUGUUUCGUCCAUAAAUGUAUGCUUUUAUUUAGAUAGUGGAAGGACUGUGACUUUUUUUAUAUUCUAACAAUAGGAAAAUGCAUUAUCAUAUUGUAGUGUCUUGAAAACGUUGGUCUUUCACAGAGCUGUUUUACAAAUCUUCAAAUAAACUUUUUUAAUUUCAAGUGUUUCUAAUAUUUGUAUUUGCAUCAGUCACUACUUUAAGACAGUGUCCUGUCAAGUAUGAUCUGAGUGUAUUAAGUGUAGUAUAAAGUUCUGCAAUAUUAACUUGGA